UCUGCCCCAACCGGAGCAGCCGUGGGCGGGGCGGGGACUCGGCCCAGGCAGGCUCCCCGUCCCUUCGCGUUCUCUGUCGGCGUGACGCGGGGCUGUGACCCUUUCACACGCCCUCGGCUCUAGGGUCUCAUGGCUUGGUUCCCGCGCCCUGGCGUCUGAGUCUGUACGCCUGGUCCCGGAAGAGGGCUCCCGCUCCAGGGCAGCGACCGUUGCCACGGUGGCGACCACCGCAUCUCGUCCCACCUCCGGGGCUCUGGGCGUGGUAUCAGCGGGGCCCGAAACUAUGACAGGCCAGGGCCAGUCAGCGUCCGGGUCGUCGACAUGGAGCACGAUAUUCCGCCACGUCCGGUACGAGACCCUGGUAGCAGGCGUGAGCGGCGGGGUCCUGUCCAACCUCGCGCUGCAUCCGCUCGAUCUCGUGAAGAUCCGCUUCGCCGUGAAUGAUGGAUUGGAGCUGAGACCAAAAUAUAAAGGAAUUUUGCAUUGCCUGACUACCAUUUGGAAACUUGAUGGACUACGAGGACUUUACCAAGGAGUAACCCCAAAUGUGUGGGGUGCAGGUUUAUCCUGGGGACUCUACUUUUUCUUUUAUAAUGCCAUCAAAUCAUAUAAGACAGAAGGAAGAGCUGAACGUUUAGAGGCAAUGGAAUACCUUGUUUCAGCUGCUGAAGCUGGUGCCAUGACCCUCUGCAUUACAAAUCCAUUGUGGGUAACAAAAACUCGCCUUAUGUUACAGUAUGAUGGUGUUGUUAACCCCCCACAGCGACAAUAUAAAGGAAUGUUUGAUACACUUGUGAAAAUAUAUAAGUAUGAAGGUGUACGUGGAUUAUAUAAGGGAUUCAUUCCUGGGCUGCUUGGAACAUCACAUGGUGCCCUUCAGUUUAUGGCAUAUGAAUUGUUGAAGUUGAAAUACAACCAGCAUACCAAUAGAUUACCAGAAGCCCAGUUGAGCACAGUAGAAUAUAUAUCUGUUGCAGCACUAUCCAAAAUAUUUGCUGUAGCAGCAACGUACCCAUAUCAAGUUGUGAGAGCUCGUCUUCAGGAUCAACACAUGUCCUACAAUGGUGUAUUGGAUGUAAUCACAAAGACAUGGAGGAAAGAAGGCAUCGGUGGAUUUUACAAAGGAAUCGCCCCCAAUUUGAUUAGAGUGACUCCAGCCUGCUGUAUUACCUUUGUGGUGUAUGAAAAUGUCUCACAUUUUCUACUUGACCUUCGAGAAAAGAAAAAGUAAACCAGAAGAAAAUAAUUCCAAUACAUCUGCCCAAGGCAGCAACAUACUUAUUUAGGUUUGAGAUACAAAACUCAGAAGACUACUGCGCAAAAACAUGGCUCAUAACUCAAAUUGGUCAAUAAUCAUUAGAGGUCAAAGAACUGCUCAGUCUUCGCAAUAUUUUUCUGCUUUCUGCCUUCCCCAUAUGUAUGGGACUUGGCUACCUCUGCCUGAAAUGGCUGCCGUCAGCACAAUGGUAAAACUGACAUCAAGUGGAGAGAUUCACAAAUUUCUCCAUUUCUUUGUUCAAAUAGAGGUUGAUUUGCAACAUUUGCUAAAUAGAUUAGUCAAAUAUGCUUUUUUUCUGAAUACAUUUGCCUGGAUUGGCUUUAAAAUUGAUCUCUGUGCAAUAGCAAGAAAAUGGCCUCUUAAAAGAAUGUCAUCACUGUUCCAAGGGUAGAUUAAACUUUAAGAAUUCACAGAAAAGGCAUUGCCCCAAUUUGGACCAUUUUAGAAUCAGGAAAUUUUGCUGAGAAAAAAAUCCACUGUAAUUAUGCUUUAGUCUUAAUUCAGUUGGAAUGCACUAACUCCGGAAAUUUGAGAUGUUAUGUGCUUUUCUUAAUUUGGGAAAUACCUGGCAUCUGUGGUCAUUCCAUCAUUAAUUUUUUAUCAGAGGCUCUUUGAUAAUUUAAAAUGUAAUCCUGGAUCCAGUUGUUUUGUUUUGGUAUAGGUACUUAAUGUCUUUUAAAUUCAUAAAUUCUGAACCAGGAUCCAGCUUUGUCAGCCCUUAUUUAGUAUAUUUGGCUCUGAAUCACUUACUGGGUUUGCUAAUAGAUCACUUCGUACAGAUACUGGAAUGACUGGGAUAUGUUUGUUGACAAACUAUAUGGAAAUUAAAAACUUUAACUUCCUACUUCAGUUUUCAGAUAUAUGAGUCUAGAUCCCAAAUAAAUGAUUAAUCUACAUUGGUUGCUCAUACUUAGUUUUAAAUACAAAUUACAUUAAUAGCCCUUAUUGAUUUUACUUUUAUGAGAUGUAAAUAUCCAUUAAGGCCUGCUGCAAAAGGAUGCCAGAAUAAUACUAAUAUUUUUAUUUAUCAUAAACAUCUAUGAAUGCUUUUGCACUUUCAUCUACUUCUGUAAAUAAAAUAUUGUGGGUUUCAAAGCCAUAUUUAAAUGGUUCUUUGAAAAUAGGUCUAUUUUUUAUAUUUUGAAAAUGGUAUUGUUAUAAAAAUAAAGAUGAAACAAGAAGUACAUAAUUGUAUUUACUAUAAUCUCUUAUAACAUGCACAGGAAUGCUUUGUAAAUUAAAUGUGAUGUAUUUUUUCAAAAUUCUG